UUUGAGCACUAGCUUUUUAAUGUUGCAUAAUGGAAAGUAUGUGCAACCGAAAUUUGUAUUUUCUAGAUACUAAAUUCUGUUAGCUCUUAUUUGACCAUGCAGUUGAUCUCCAUGGACCUUCGUUAAACGCGGUUGACCCGACAAUAUGCAUAGCUAAUGAGAUUGUCUUUAAAUGACAUCAUCUCUCAUGACCGAAUUUCCUCGGGGAGAAGAGAAGCAGUCUGUGGCUGUCUCAAGAGAAGGCGAAAAAUGUGAAAAAAUCAAAAAAGACAAGUAAAUAGAAGGGCUAGAGAAGUAAAUGGAGUUCUCAUGUAGAGUAUUUAAACAUCAAUUGUAAUUUAUAAGGCAAAAUGAGGAUCGUAAUUCUUAUUACAGUGGCGUUGACGGCAUUAAUUGUUGACAUAGGUAGUUCUGCUUCUAAGUUAAAGCACUCGCCAAAAUCAGUGAUAACACCAAAUAAAAAACACGACAAGCAAGUAGCGACUCCAACAAGACGUUCUUCUUCUCGUCAAGUAGAACUUGAUCAUUCGACGACGGCGGGGAAGAAUCUUGGAUCUACAGCGAAAAUAAAGGUUCCUGAUAAAACGCUCAAUCACGAAGCAAACGAGACUAAGAAAGCCAUGAUUUGGCCUAAAAAGAUGCUACCGCGGCUAGAGCGAAUUUUGAUGAAGAAAAUGAGCGGUGGUGAUGAUGGUAGCGAUAAUUCGUAUCUGGAUAAUUAUGAUGGACAUAGAUUGCACGAUGACGACGAUAGUGAUAAUAAUGAUGAAGACAAUGAUGACAACAAUGCUUCUCCGACAUCUAAAGCCGACUACGCAGAUAACUAUGAUGGCGUUCGACCAAAACACCACCAUCGAGGCACUAAGUUCAAUGGCAUGGAUGUCGUGCCUCUUAUGAAAAUGCUAAGACACAAAUUCGGUGAGUCGUCUCCUUAUGAUUCUAAUGGGUUUACAGGGAUGCCCGCCACCCAAAACAAUAAGUUUUUACUAAAGACAUUAAUGAACCAAGCGUUAGGGAAGCCAGAUCGCGGCUCCGUGCUUAAGGACAUGAUGCAGGAGUUUUAUCUGGCGAAGGGAAAUGAUAAAGAAGGUGACGAAGCUCGGGAAGCAUUAGAUGAACUUGUCGGUCACAAUAACUUGCUUCGCAUGAACAGUGAGUUAGAAGGACAGACAGCAUCAGUGGACGUGGGUCCAACGGAUAACACUAAUUCUUUUACAGGAGGAGAAGGAAGAGGAGGAGUAAGAGCAAUGAAUGGAGACAUGAAUGGAGCGAUAAAUGGAGCCAUGAAUGUUCAGAAUGACGCGACGCCUAUUCUACGGAAUACAGGUACCGCCGGUAGGUUUGGCGCGAGUCCGUUUGGCGGCACGGGUGUUCUAGAGGCCCAGGAAUUGCCAAAUGGGCAAAUCGCACCUCUAGGCGCCCGUCGUCCAGGCAUGGGGCUUAUGAAUAACAUUCAGCCUAUGAUGAAUAGAGUGGCGAAUCCAACGACGAGGAUGCUACAGGAUGAUCGUUUGCCCCAGCAGCAGAUGCCCGAGGAACCUGUUUUUGACGAGCCUGCUGCUGUUCCUAUCGGUGCCUCCACCGUACAGGCCGAACCCGAGGCUGAACCGGAGCAGAUAGCGGCUGCCAUGCGGCAGCAGUCGGACUCCAAACCAGGGAAUCAGCUAGUACUGGAGGAGGAGCCCGAGAAUGCUGCGCGUGGAAUCAAACCUCCUCCUUUCGCCUCACUCCAAGACCAAGCAGCCAGAGAGAUGAAACUCGGUGCAAACUUUCGAGCACCGCCAACUUAUGGACCCUUCAGGAACCCGGGAUUCCAGCGUGCGCAGAUGGCCAAUCAAAUGGAUCAAAACGAACUGGUCACUGAUACUGAGCAAAGAUUUGAGACUGCGUCUCCACUGACAGAAUCACAGUCGUUUCCAGGCGAAUACACAUUUCAGCAAAACACUGCAAGGCGACAUGAACUGCCGAAACACAUAACCAAGGUUACAAUAUCAGAAAAAACUAGAUUAGGACGUAAGAAGGAUCACACGCAUAAAUCGCAUAGGAAGCAGGUCUUAUGAUAUAACUUCUGUAUAUUUGACCAGUAUUUAUAGUGAAUAAAAGCAUGUUGAUCAUAA